CAGCUGUUUGAGGGAGGUAGAGGCGAUAUUUAGCUUCCUACUACAGCGUUGUUUAGUUUUGUAUUUUUAGCCUGGUUAACGGGACACUUCCCCCUCCUCCGUGUCCAGACUCUUCAGCCUCAGCUCGCAGCACAUUUUGGUUUACAGGCGUUGGUGUUGACGAUGGUUUUGUCAACAUCCCAUCAAGUCGCCCUGGCGUUCACGGCCGUGCUCUUCACGUUUGUCGUCCUGCCCAGGAUGUUUGGUGUCGGCGGCGGCUCCGGGACGAAGGAGUCCAGAUUUGACCCCCGGUACAGCCGUAAAGCAGCGGGUUCGAGCGCGGUGAAAGGUCAGUCCAUCAACGUGAACGCCCCUGGUUCCCCUCAGAGCCCUGAGAACGUGCAGCAGAUGAAGAAGCUGAUGGAACAAGAGCUGAAGAACGACAAGUACAAGACCAACAACAACAACAGCAAAGGCUACGUGUUCACACUGAUGCCCCUCUAUGCCAUCGGGGUGGGAGUGUUUGCAGCGUACAAGUUUUUGAAGAUCAAGUCCUCAGAUGAGCAGGCACAGAAGACCAAAUUAACAAAAGGAGCCAAAAAGUCUGUGGAGGCAGAAAACCAGUUGAACGAGCUGGAACAAAGGUUAGCACAGACCGAGAGGAUGCUCAACUCCAUCCUCACGCAGCUGGACCCGCUCACUAACUGUGUGAAGUCGGUGGCUCAGGAGCAGAAGAACGAGAUCAUGUCUCAACUCCAGACCAUCCGGUACCUGAUGAAGAAGAGGGGAAUGGAAUGUCCGCCCCUGAACCUCAACGAGGCGUCCUGCGGGCGUAAUCUGGAUGAGCUCAUCGAGUCGCUCGGAGCCAGAGAAACCUUGAUGGCGGCGGAAGCUUCUCUGGCAGAGAAUCAAACCUCUGGAGGAACAGCGGAGGCUCCUGGGAAAGACUAUGUAAAGCAUGUGGAAGCUGAAGAUGAAGCUGCGACAGAAGGGGAGGAGAUGAAGGAGCUCAGUCCAGAGAAAUCUGAAGGGGAGGAAGAGGAAGAUGGAAAAGAGGAAGGUGUAGAAGAGGAGGAGGAGGAGGGGGAAGGGGAAGGGGUGGAGGACCCGCAGCUGAUGCCUUCGUUAGAGAGCUCGUGUGAGACAAACAUUGAGGAGAUCGGAGCGGAGCAGGCGGCGUCGGGCCUCAGGAGACGCAACAGACCUGAAUGAACUCCCUGCAGGACUCCUGCACCGCACAGACAUGUGACAGAUUAUUGUGAUUAUUUAUUAUCAGAGAAGCUUUCACUCCAAAAGGCUUUUUGCAUACACAUCAAAACACAUAUUGCAUUUAGAUGACACAUGAAAAGCUCUCUAAACAGCAAGACAUCGGGCUCUAUUUUCUUGUUGUAGCACAAAGUUCACUUCAUGCAGGACAUGUCCACGUCUGUCUGCUGUUAUCGCAUGUACAGGUUCAGCGUACUGUGUGCAGAGGCUUUGGCUCGGUAAUUAUUCAUCAUCCUCUCAGUCAAUCACAAACAUGAGGGAGAGGGGGUAACUCCAGGUUAAACACUCAGAGCUUCAAUGGUGGACAUGCCUAACCUCAGACAAAGCAGGUAAAGUUCCAGAUAAGAGAUGAACCCGUGUUAAAUCACCGCCUAACUACCAUCGCUUCUCUUGACCCUGAACCAAACAGAGACCCCAAUAACUCUCUCUUGUGAUUUCUUUCAUAUGUUUCCAGGUGUAUUCAUUCUCCAGGUACUGACUUCAAAUCUACGUCUAAGACAGGAGCGGAAACUAGUUUUGAUUUAGUGUAAGUCAUUGUGUUAUUUGAUUGCCAUCAUGUGAAAGCUCUGCUGCAGCAGCUGAAAGAGUAAGCCUCAAACAGAAUCCCUCAUUUAUAGGAGUAACGUCUGAUCUACUUCCUAAUGAUGGAGGAGUGUUUCAGAAGCCGAGCUUACCCGCUUGCACAGUUUGUGAUUUUAUUCUGCGCAAGUUGUGCUUCCUGAAUUUUUUUCAGCUCUUCCCUUCUAGCCUUGAAUACGUGUUCACGUAUGCGUUAUUUAUUAAUUUACUGUCAUUUGUGGAAGUGGGCUGGCUGCUGCUGGUCGUGCUUGUGAUUGGUAAUUGACUUCAAACAUCAUCCCUCUUCUGUGAGCGUGCUCACAGCCAGACGUGGAAACAGCAGGGUCUACUAACAGCACUGAUAACCUCUCGGUGUGACCACUUAGUUUGGGCUUAUUGGAGCAGUUAGAGUAAACAUAUCCGGCGGGGGUGUUUGACUUGCUUCAUAAUACAAGCAUGUGGCGCUUUAGACUAAAUUCGGAAAGAACUAACAAUUUGUUUUAUUAUCUUAUUUUUCAUCCUCUUCUAUGCUCAUCAUCUCCUGAUAGGUUUAAAGAAACGCACGUUUUGCAUAAUCGCCACACAUUGUGUUUUCAUUAACACCACUACACUACUACAUGAGUGGGAGAUGGUGUUGUUUCUGCAAACAUAUUGUUUGUAUAUCUGUCCACAGGUGUUUAGAUAUCAAUCAUAAUGCGACAACAUAAAGGGAAGACAUACUUUAUCAAUCCCUGAGAGGAUUGAUAAAUCGAUCCUCUGUUCCAUUGUUCUCUUGCAGUCGACCAAACUUACCUGGACACAUAGUGCAGUGGUUUGCGCUGUUGCCUCACAGCUAGAAGGUUCCUUGUUCAAAUCCCUGUUGGCAGUUUGCAUGUUCUCCCCUGUGCAUGCAGGGGUUCUCUCCAGCUUCCUCCCACAGUCCAUAGCUGUUCCUGUUGGGUUAAAUGGUGAUUUAAACAAGGGGUGAGCUGUCAAAAACUGGAGAGAAGGAGACUUUUUUUCAAUCAUGCUACAUGCACUUAGACCAGGAAUACACACAUGCACAAACAGGAUCCUGUGGACAUGCUCUAAUGGGGGAGAUGUUGGAGUGAGGGAGCUGCACAGCAGUGGGUUUGGUGAGACUUUAGUCCGUACAGGGACCUGAAGUCCCUACAGGCUGAGCCACUGAUGCACAAACACAUAAGGCGUUACCUGUUUUAGACUUUGUGCUGACAUGAAAAUAGAGCCCGUAAUGUUCAACAGACACAUUUUUCUAACAUUAAUAAUAACUUUUUAAUAUUGCCUGUUUUUGGAAUGACAUUUAUAGAUAUUUUGACAAAUUGUAUUUAUCGUUUUAGGUUGCACCUGCUGUAAUGCUGAAGCCAAACAUUUAAAGUAUAUAUGCUACAUUACAGGUAGAAGGUGUGGGGUGCUCUUAAACUAAAUAUGAACACACGUUUUGUGUAAUGACAAGAAAAGAGGUUUGAUUUAUUUAUUUAUUUUUUUUGUUUCAAUGUUUUGGUUUUUUCUGGCUAACAGCACCAAGUCCCCCUCUUCACUCUCUCUAAAUCUGACCUCUGCUGCUCUUCCUGUAACUUUCAACGGUGCAAUUUGCUGCUUGCAUUUAGCCAUAAAUUCUACUCAUUCUGCCUUUACAGUCAGCAACAGUCACCUGCUUAUUUCCUUUAUCAAUAACUUAAUAGACACAAAUGAACUCA